AAAAUGAGAUUUCGUCUGUUGCAGUGUUGAUUUGUGCUUUUUUUCUUUCGUCUUUAUUUAUUUUUAAAGCUACGUAUUGCAGUAGAAAUGUUGCGGUCCUCUGUACCGGGAAAAACAAGCAAAGUCUUAAUUUGCGGUUAUAGGAGCAGUGGGAAGACAUCAAUUUUAGAACAACUUAUAUAUGGAAAUUUUCCUUGUAAUGCUUAUCCAACUAUUGAAGAUAUUUAUUGUGCUCUUGUGAAUACUGAUAGAGGUUUGAAAGAAAAGCUCAGAUUUUAUGACACUGCUGGAACAGUGCCUGGUCAGUCUACAGAUUUCCUAAAAACAUAUAUGACCUAUGCAGAGGUAAAAUAAAUUUCUCUUGCUUCUAAUUAUAGUAUAAUUUUGUUUUAUUUGCUUCAGAGUGUGUACUUUUCUUAGCAAGCAUGUUUAUUUUGA